UAUAACUAGCAGAACCAGUACAGAAUGUAUUGCAUUGGCUUCAUCCUGCUUAUCAGCUGUAGAUUUUGUCUUUCACAGCCUCCACCGUUCGGUCCCGGUCCGCCGAUCGGUCCCGGUCUUCCACCUCCCCUGAGAAGAUGUUCUAAAAAUGUCCGACCUGUUUGUGGUGCUGAUGGAAUCACACAUUCAAAUUUAUGCAUAGCCAGACGAUUAGGAAUACCAGUACUUUGUAGAAAGCCCUGUCCUUGUGACUGUAGAUGCAAAACCAACAAUAAUCCAGUUUGUGGAGUGGAUGGCAAAAAUUAUACAAAUAAAUGCAUAGCUGAACGAUGCAAGAAAGUGAAGAUGCAGUGUAGAGGACGGUGUCCAUGUAAACAAAAACAAUGUAGAAAGUGUCCUAGACGGGGAGACCCUGUAUGUGGAUCUAAUGGAAUAACAUACACCAACGAAUGUAGGGCCAAAUGUCAAAAAGCAGAGAUUAAAUGUCAAGGGCCCUGUCCUUGUCGUUGCUCACGACUUUGCCCUCCAAUAAAUGACCCUGUGUGUGGAACGGACGACAGAACCCAUGAUAACAGUUGCGUGGCGAUGAGGUGUCGAAAUGUUCAAGUUAAAUGCAAAGGCAAAUGUCCAUGUGGGAAUGGGAAUUGCAAUGAUAAAUGUCCAAAGAGAGUGAACCGUGUUUGUGGAGAAGAUGGUCAAACAUAUAUUAAUGAAUGUCAGACGAAAUGUGCGAAUGUAAAAAUUAAGUGCAAUAAAAAGUGUCCAUGCGUUUCCACCACGUGUUCCAAACGUGAUUGUCCGUUCAGUAGACCUGUAUGCGGUGUAAAUGGAAGAACAUAUGAUACUAUAUGUGAAGCUAAGUGCAAGAAUGUCAAAGCAGCAUGUACUGGUCGUUGUCCGUGCAGAAAAUGCACAUGUCCGAAAUUGAAGUUUCCUGUGUGUGGCUCUAAUGGUAGGACCUAUGAUAAUAAUUGCAAAGCAGGGUGUGCGAGGACAACAACUAAAUGCUUUGGACGUUGUCCUUGUCGAGGUGCUAGAAAUUGAAGCAGACAUGUUUCUUAAAAUACAAUUAGAUUAUAUUGCAUACACAGAUGUAUUAAAUAAAGAAAUAAUACGUGAAUCA